GUGACAACAAAGAAGGACAACUUGAUGGAGGAAGCAGGAAGUUCGUCUAGCAAGAAGCAGAGUCUGAGCAUAUAAACAAUACACAAAGAACACAACUAAAAGACUGGUUGAAAUAGAGACACGUAAAUAAGAAUGGCCGGCAUUAAAGCACUGGUGGGCUUGUCCUUUAGUGGAGCAAUUGGACUUACUUUUCUUCUGCUGGGUUGUGCACUGGAACAGUACGGGGUAUACUGGCCACUGUUUGUCUUGAUUUUCUACGUACUGAGUCCCAUCCCGACGUUCAUAUCCAGGCGCCUCAGUGAUGACACUGACAGCUCCAGCAAUGCCUGCAGAGAGCUGGCCUAUUUCAUCACAACUGGCAUUGUGGUGUCAUCUUUUGGGCUUCCCAUUGUGUUGGCACGCACAAGCACAAUCCAGUGGGGUGCCUGUGGUCUGGUAAUGACAGCAAACGCAGUCAUCUUCCUCACAAUCCUCGGCUUCUUUGUUGUGUUUGGAGGUGGGGACGACUUCAGCUGGGAGCAGUGGUAGAGAGCCUUUGGACAAUGCAAAGAGACAAGGACAGAAAGAUGGAUGAAAGGAUGGAUAUUUGGGGAGGUGGAUAGUUGAAUGGUUAGACUGCAGAUUGAGGGGCACAUGUGUCCUGCACUCCAUGGGGGAUGACACUCAUGUUCAGCAUAGCAAAAUGUCAAAUUUAACUAGGCAUGUUUUCAGGACGAUUAUUCAAUUUGGGGAUAUUAAAGUUGGAGACAACACAGUGUUCCCCAUCAAUGUGCCUUAUGUCUGGGACCACAGAGACAAUGAUACCUAUACCCCUCUUAUGCAAUUACCCCAUCAUUAUCCACCUUAACCUGUGUAUUUUAGCUGUCUCGCCCUCUAUUUCACCCCCAAAUCAUCCACUUAUUUUAGCUAACUGCUUUUUCCUUAUACAUUAGUUAUUCAGUAUCAUAAAGGGAUCAUAGAGAGUAACUCUAUUGUAACGCACACUGCCACGCUUUCUUUAUUAACUGUCCUCAUUGCUUAAGGGGGGAGUGCCAAUAAUGAAUGGCUUGAUUAUAAUUUGGCUCUGUUGGCUGUGCAAGUGUAAAAGCAGGGCAGGGCAGGUUGUGUUACUCCAUGCUAUCUGACAACUAGUUGUAGGACUCCUAAUCAGGUAAAGAUAUGUUUGGACGGAGGUGAUGUGUUUGUUUUCAUUUUGCUACAAAGAGUUGAAACUACUUUUUAUUCUAGUGCAAUUGUUUACAUUCUCACCAAAGAUCAUCUUAGAGUGCAAAAAUAGAGCAUGUUCACAAUUGAAAUGUGGGUUAUGAUGGGUGGCAAGCAGCAACUCGAUCCUCAAAAGCAAGCGGAGGCAUUAGAGAAAUUGUCUUUAGAGAAUGUCAAACCGUUUGUGUCUAGAUCUCUCCACACUUUUUGUAAUCUUGCAGAUUAUACAGAACUUCAUACAAAAAGAGGAUAUCAAUUUGUAAGUAAUUUUUACAUGUUAAACGGUAAAUGCUGUUUAUAUAUGUUUUUAGGCCUACAGAAGAGGGCUGUACCUGCAAACUAAUUCAGAAGUGCCUGUUCAUUCACAGUGGGGAUUUUGGUCAAUUGGAGAAAUCGCUGUGAUUUGGUUUCAAGUCUUUUAUUUUGUGUUUCAUCAUCAGGAGCCACCCAUCUGUAAACAAAUAUUACUUUCCCGUUUUUGGUUUCACCAACUGACUAUUAAUGUGUUUCUGGUAUUUGUGUGAUGAACCCCCUUGAGGGAGACUAUCAGAAAACAUGGUUUGUAAUUUCUAAUUUUCUAACUGCUCUGCAAGGAAAUGUAUCAAUACUUUAUGUUCCAAAACUGACAUGUUCAAUAAGAUCAAUUUUCAAUACGUUUUUUUUCUUUCAGUUGUCACUCCAGUACCCACACUAACGCAUUCUAAAAGGUUAUUUUAUAUGCUCCUGACUGCAUUUUGUUUCCCAACAUUGAUUAAAAGUCAGUGUUUAAACAAAA